AUGCAUGAUGCGAAUCCUUUGACGAAAUUCCAGAUUGGCCAAUCGUUCCAGAGUAAGGAGGAAGUUGUGCUGAGUGUAAAAGAUUACAGUAUUCGGCGUGGAGUUGAGUAUAGAGUAAUACAGUCCGACAAUCUGAAAUACCAAGGGAUAUGUAAGGAGUUAGGUAACGGGUGCACGUGGUUGAUUUGUAUAGUCAUGCGAAAAAGGAAGAGCACAUGGAAAGUUAGGCGGUACAACGGGCCACACACGUGUAUGGCCACAUCGAUAUUAAGCGACCACAGGCAGCUUGAUUAUCAUGUCAUAUGUGCGACAAUCUUUCCAUUAGUUAGAGCUUAUGCGUCGGUGUCGAUUAAGGUGCUGCAAGAGGCAACGGAGGCGACAUAUGGUUUCAGGCCUAGUUAUAGGAAGAUGUGGAUGGCGAAGCAGAAGGCAGUAGCACAGAUCUUUGGCGACUGGGAGGAGUCAUAUGGUGAUCUGCCCCGCUGGAUCCUUGGGGUCACAUCCACCAUGGACGGAUGCGUUGCUCUGCUGAAGACCUCCCCGGUUAGAGUGGGUGAUCAGGUUGAUGAAGAUAGAGUCUACUUUCAUCGCAUGUUCUGGACAUUCCCUCCAUGUAUUGAGGCAUUUCAACACUAUAAGCCGCUUGUCAGUAUCGACGGAACACACCUGUAUGGCAAGUAUGGAGGGACGUUGUUGUUGGCGAUUGCUCAAGAUGGAAACUCGAAUAUACUACACAACAGCAUCAAGGCUGCACUAGAGGCACCAGAUAGUGGUUGGCGACCUCACCAUGCUUAUCGGGCAUUCUGUAUUUGGCAUGUUGCUGCAAAUUUUGCCCUUACUUUCAAGGGGCAGGAUGCAAGGAGGUGGCUUGUAAAUGCCACUUGUGCAAAGACGGAAGCAAAAUUUGACUAUUGGUUUGAUAUAAUGAGGACAGAGAACCCGGCCAUGUGUGAUUGGGCAAACAGGAUAGAGUAUGAGAGGUGGACACAGCAUAAAAAUGGGGGGAGACGAUAUGGUCACAUGACGACCAUCAUUUCCGAGUGCGUGAACUCUGUUUUGAAGGGCACAAGAAAUCUACCGGUCACAUCCUUGGUGAAGUCAACCUAUCUUCGGCUGGCUGAGUUGUUUGUUAUCCGGGGUCAGACGGUAGAGGCACAGUUAGGUUCCGGGCAUCGGUAUUCCCAGCCACUUGUUAAGGCCAUUUAG